AUGGCCGCGGGCGGGGAAGCCGCGCCCGCGCCCGUGCCCGUGCCCUCCGCCACCGCCGUCCAGCCGGCCCGACGGACGGACGGCAGAACUCACGACCCGGUGAAGGGAAAUGCUGUAGCCGGCGCGAGCCACGCUAGUGCGGGGAAAAAAUCGGACCAUGAACAUCGACGAUUAUUAUUUGUGUGCACGUUCAUGGCUGCGCCGCCUGUGUCGAGUGGCGCGGGCGCGACGCCGCGGGCACUUUCGACCACGGGCACGGAGGUGGAGGCGGAGGCGGAGGUGAAGGCGGAGGUGGAGGUGGAGGCGGAGGCGGAGGUGAAGGCGGAGGUGGAGGUGGAGGCAGACGUGAAUGUGGAAGUAGCGGUGGGAGCGUACGGAGGAGGAGGAAGAGAGGGUGGAGGUGGAGGAGAAUAUGGAAGUCGUGUAGAUGAAGUGGAGGAAGAGGAGGUGUAUUUGGAAGUAGGUGGGGGAGGUGAAGGUGGAGAGGAGGCACGAGGGCGCGGCCGAUGCGAUCGGGUUAACGGGAGCGACUGCCCGCCGCGCCGCAUCCUGCGCUUACGCAACGCCACGCGAGGAACAGGUGGAGGAGGGGGAGAGGGCGCGCGGGGCGACGCGCCGCUGGACUCCGCGUCGCUGCCGCUGGAGCAUCGGGCCGCCUACGGCCCGCCCCCGCCCCCGGGCUUGGGCGGGCUGGGCGCGCUUGGCGCCCUGGGCGGCGGCCACGACGACCCCUGGCCGCUCGCCACGCCCGACAUGCCGCAGAUUAAGCACCUGCAGGUGCAGUGCGAGAAGACGCACAUGCGCGUCAACAUCGAGUUCGACCGCCCCUUCUACGGCAUGAUCUUCUCCAAGGGCUUCUACAGUGACCCGCACUGCGUGCACUUGAAGCCCGGCACCGGCCACCUCAGUGCCACCUUCGAGAUCUUCCUCAACAGCUGCGGCAUGUCGUCGUCCGCCAACCACAACGCGGGCGCCUACGGAGCGCCCACGCCCAGCGGGUCCUACGUGGAGAACACCAUCAUCAUCCAGUACGACCCCUACGUGCAGGAGGUGUGGGACCAGGCGCGCAAGCUGCGCUGCACGUGGUACGACUUCUACGAAAAGGCCGUCACCUUCAGGCCCUUCCAGGUGGACAUGCUCAACGCCGUCACCGCCAACUUCCUCGGAGACAACCUGCAGUGCUGGAUGCAGAUCCAGGUGGGCAAGGGCCCGUGGGCCUCCGAGGUGUCGGGCAUCGUGAAGAUCGGCCAAACGAUGACGAUGGUGCUGGCCAUCAAGGACGACGAGAACAAGUUCGACAUGCUGGUGCGCAACUGCGUCGCGCACGACGGCAAGCGCGCGCCCAUCCAGCUGGUGGACCAAUACGGAUGCGUCGUGCGACCCAAGAUCAUGAGCAAGUUCCAGAAGAUCAAGAACUUCGGGCCCUCCGCGUCCGUCGUCUCCUUCGCCUACUUCCAGGCCUUCAAGUUCCCCGACUCAAUGAACGUGCACUUCCAAUGCGUCAUCCAGGUUUGCCGCUACAACUGCCCCGAGCCCAAGUGCGGCGGAGGGGCGCUGGGUCUGGAGUACGGCGCGCCGGGCUUGGGCCUGGGACACGGUCUGGGAGGCGACUACUCGGGCGCCGCCGGCAACCUGCACUCCGAGUACGGCCCGCCGCCGCCGCUCGGCGAGUACGGCGCGCCCGCUGGCUACCCCGGCGUCGACCCCCGACACCCGUCAGGCCCUGCCGGCGCGUACUCCGAGUCCAAGGAGACGGUGGUGCGCUCGGACCAGCAGCCACAGGCGGCGUCGGGCGGGCCUUCCACGUCGACGGGCCGGCCCGAGUCGUCGGGCGCGCAAGCGGCGGCGCUCAACGGCGGCAACGGCGGCGGCGCCAGCAACAGCGACAACGAGGUGCACCUUCCCCCGCCGCCGCCGCCGGGCUUCCACGGCGCGUACGCGACGGUGGCGGCGCAGAAGCGCAAGGGCCAGGGCCCCGAGGACGGCAGCGGCGGCGAGGGCGCCCUCGCCGUCAUGGGCGCGCGGCCGCGCUCCGUCGAGCUGGACCUGCAGGGCGCGCGGCGCCGCCGGCACGCGCUGCCCGUGCUCGACGCGCUCCACCAGCCCGUCUUCGUCGUGGCCACCAGGAUCUACAAGCGCGCCGCGCAGGAGAUGACGGACGUUGUGGCGCCAGGCGACGUGAACUUCGCGCUGGGCGGCGCGGCGGCCAACGAGACGGUGGUGAUCCAGUCGGCGACGGACCCCGAGCACAUCUGCAUGUCCGUGCCGUCGUUCGUGGGCGGGCUGGUGAUGUUGCUGCUGGUGCUGGUGGUGGCGUGUCUGGUGGCGGCGUUCCUCUUCGUGCGUGUGCGCGCCGUUGACCGCAAGGGCGCGGCUGCCUUCGGGCCCGUGCACCACGCGGCCUUCGAGGGCGCCGAGUUCGUCAAAGUGGCCAACUGAGCUCCCGCACGACGCAACGCACCGACUGAGAGACAGCUCCCCCCCUGAGGCCGGCGUCGUCCGGCCCCGCUCCGAUGCCACAAGGGCUCCUUUCUGCCCGCGCUAAGCGUUCUUAGCGCGCGUUGAAACGCCCGGCCCGGCCCGGCCCGGCCCGGCCCGGCCCGGCCCGAGCCCACGCCCGCGCUAGCGCCGACGGGAGGC